CGCUCGACAGAACCGUUGACGUUAACGACAAGAGGCAGUUGUCAAACGCAGGCGAGCACAAGAAGAAGCGUCUUAUGGAAAUCGUCGAGGGAUGGAACAGCGGCUGUUUUUGAGAAGCGCGGCCUCAAGGUUGUGCCCAAUGGGCAGGAUGAUGCUGCCGCCCCUGCCGCUGUCUCUUCUAGUGACGGCUCGCGGUUCGGCUUUGGUCCCACGAAGUUUGGGGUCCGGCUUGGCGGGGGGAUGUUUGGUGUGGAUUAG